AUGUGGGGCUUUGCAGGAGGAAGGCUUUUCGGUAUCUUCUCGGCCCCGGUGCUGGUGGCGGUGGUGUGCUGCGCCCAGAGCGUGAACGAUCCCGGAAACAUGUCCUUUGUGAAGGAGACGGUGGACAAGCUGUUGAAAGGCUACGACAUUCGCCUGAGACCCGACUUCGGGGGUCCCCCGGUCUGCGUGGGGAUGAACAUCGACAUCGCCAGCAUCGACAUGGUUUCCGAAGUCAACAUGGAUUAUACCUUAACCAUGUACUUUCAACAAUAUUGGAGAGAUAAAAGGCUCGCCUAUUCUGGGAUUCCUCUCAACCUCACGCUUGACAAUCGCGUGGCUGAUCAGCUAUGGGUGCCCGACACGUAUUUCUUAAAUGACAAAAAGUCAUUUGUGCAUGGAGUGACAGUGAAAAACCGCAUGAUCCGCCUUCACCCUGAUGGGACGGUGCUGUAUGGGCUCAGAAUCACCACGACAGCAGCCUGCAUGAUGGACCUCAGAAGAUACCCACUGGAUGAACAGAACUGCACUUUGGAGAUUGAAAGCUAUGGCUACACCACAGAUGACAUUGAAUUUUACUGGCGUGGCGGGGACAAGGCUGUCACUGGAGUGGAAAGGAUUGAGCUCCCGCAGUUCUCCAUUGUGGAGCAUCGUCUGGUCUCGAGGAAUGUCGUCUUCGCCACAGGUGCCUAUCCACGACUCUCACUGAGUUUUCGGUUGAAGAGAAACAUUGGAUAUUUCAUUCUACAGACUUACAUGCCCUCUAUACUGAUUACGAUUCUCUCGUGGGUAUCUUUCUGGAUCAAUUAUGAUGCAUCUGCUGCUAGAGUUGCCCUCGGGAUCACAACUGUGCUGACAAUGACAACCAUCAACACACACCUUCGGGAGACUUUGCCCAAAAUCCCCUACGUCAAAGCCAUUGACAUGUACCUUAUGGGCUGCUUCGUCUUUGUGUUCCUGGCCCUUCUGGAGUAUGCCUUUGUCAACUACAUUUUCUUUGGAAGAGGCCCUCAAAGGCAGAAGAAACUUGCAGAAAAGACAGCCAAGGCAAAAAAUGACCGUUCCCAAAGUGAAAGCAACAGGGUGGAUGCUCGUGGAAAUAUUCUGUUAACAUCGUUGGAAGUUCACAAUGAAAUGAAUGAAGUCACAGGCAGCAUUGGUGAUACCGGGAAUUCACCAAUAUCCUUUGACAACUCAGGAAUCCAGUACAGGAAACAGAGCAUGCCUAGGGAAGGGCAUGGGCGAUACAUGGGGGACAGAAGCAUCCCACAAAAGAAGACCCAUCUACGGAGGAGGUCUUCGCAGCUCAAAAUUAAAAUCCCUGAUCUAACCGAUGUGAAUGCCAUAGACAGAUGGUCCAGGAUCGUGUUUCCCUUCACUUUUUCUCUUUUCAACUUAGUUUACUGGCUGUACUAUGUUAACUGAGUGACUGUACUUGAUUUUUGAAAGACUUCAUUUAACACUGAGAGAAAUAUUACUCUGCCUGUCAAGUUUUUAUACCUGUACACACACAGACACACACACAGACACACACAUAUAUACAUACACAAUUGUAUAUAUAUGUGAACUUUCUCAGCAUAUAUAUAAAAUACACGUGUAUAUGAGGAUGUAUGUGUAUGUGUUCAUACACACAGGUAUAAGUUCCUGUGUGUAUGUAGAACAAAUACACAUACAUAUAUACAUUUGCAGCUAUGGACAAUUUAACACAGGAUGCAUACUAAAGAAAGUCAUAGUUGUUUUCUUUUUUAAUUGAAAGGGACAAGUAUCUAAAUAUUAUGCCUUGAGAAUGAGGGCGUGAAACACAAUAUCAUCCCAAAAUGUGUCUUUUAUUACCAUGUUAGAAGUUUUAGUUCAAAAAUCAGAAAUGAUUAGUUAAUCUUUUGAAACUCAUACAGUGGUAUUGCUAGUUUAA